UUUUGUGUUUUUCCUUCCCUGUAUUUCCAAAUUUUCUAUGUCAAUCAUAACAGUUUAUUUUUUUAAGCCUCUCUCCCAUUAAAAAAGGUUGGUGGCACAGAAAAGGAGCGGGUAGUUUUCCCUCUGAAUGCGUCUUCAGGAAGAAUGGGGAAAGGGGCGUGGCCUAGUCGGGCCACCUGUGACAGCAGUGGGCUGAGGAAGAAGCCUGCAAUGCUCACUGCUUGACAGGUGGUGUUCAGCCGUUCAAAGUGCAUUUGGAAAUAGUACGAACUCAAAAAAACAACAACUCGCGAAUUAUCCUUUUGAGGAUUCAGCCAACCAACUUACGAUCCUCCGGAGAACCCAGACAUCGCCUGUGUGUGUUGGGUCUGGCUGACUAAAGUGUGCAUGUGAUGAAAAUGUUGGUGUGAAUGAUUUUUUUUUCUACACACAUUGGGGAGUGUCUGUCUGAGAGGAUGCAGGAAGCUCGACCUCUGGCAUCACAGCUCCUGCUGCUGAGCUGCUUGUGUGUGGCGGCGUCGGGUUACCCAUUCAGACCGCCCCUGGACCUGGAUGUGACUCCGCGCGUCACUGUGUUAAUCAGUGGUGUCCAGGGCAGCAGACGUUUCCAGUCUUCUACAGUCAACUACAGCACACUGCUGCUGGAGGCUGACAGAGAGCGUCUUUAUGUGGGGGCUCGAGGAGCUGUUUUCGCUCUCAAUGCCACUGACAUUUCAGCCAACCCUGCACCGUCUAUUGAGUGGGAGGCCUCAGCAGAGCAAAAGUUUCAGUGCCUACUUAAGGGAAAAGACAACAAGACGGAGUGUUAUAAUCACAUUCGAUUACUCCAAAGGUUUAACUCGACUCAUCUCUACAUGUGUGGGACUCACGCCUUCAGUCCGCUCUGUGCUUACAUAGAGGAGAAAAGGUUUGUUAUGUCAUCACAGCCAGAAGAAGGCAGGGAUAAAUGUCCCUAUGGGCCAACGACAGGUUAUACUGGUCUCCUCGUAGACCAACAGUUGUACACAGCUUCCCAGUAUGAGUUUCGGAGCUUUCCAGAUAUUCGCCGCAACUCUCCGUCUCCCACUCUGAAGACAGAAGAUGCGCCCACGCGCUGGCUAAAUGAAGCGGAGUUUGUGGGUUCAUCCCUCGUGAAGGAGCGAUUGGACAGCAGCAAUGGCGGCGAUGAUAAGAUCUACUUCUUCUUUACAGAGAGGAAUCAAGACUACUCUGGAACCUACGGCCAGAGCAGGGUGGCACGAGUGGCUCGGGUUUGUAAGGGAGACCGAGGAGGUCAUUUGACUCUCCAAAAACGCUGGACUUCCUUCCUUAAGGCCAGGCUGACUUGUUCCCUGCCUGAAUAUGACUUCCACUUCAACAUGCUGCGCAGCGUGUUUGUUAUGCCUGAUGUGGAACAGCAGGAACCCCUUUUCUACGGCAUCUUUGGCCUGGAGUGGAAAAACGUAAAGGCGUCUGCAGUGUGUCGCUUCAGCCUGGCUGAAGUCCAAAAGGCUUUUCAAGGACCCUACAUGGAGACCCAGGACUCUGGCUCUAAGUGGACGGAAUACACUGGAAAGAUCCCGGAACCGCGGCCCGGAACUUGUAUAAAUGAUGCUUUGAGGGCCAGGGGCAUAAACAUUUCCACCUCCCUGCCUGAUGAUGUGUUGGAGUUUGUCAGGCGCCAUCCUCUGAUGUCCCAUCAAGUCCAACCUCUAGACAAACGGCCUGUUUUGUUUAGGCGGACAACAGACUACACACAUAUGGCAGCACAUGUGGUCCAGGGACUCGACGGAGAAACGUACCAUGUUUUAUACAUGGGGACAGAUGAAGGCUGGGUACACAAAGCUGUGGAGGUCCAAGGUCAGAUCCACAUUAUAGAAGAGCUUGAACUGUUUGAGGAACCGCAGCCAAUCACAAAUCUACUAAUAUCCACAAAGCAGGUGAGCUUGUAUAUAGGCUCUCCUUCUGGUGUGGUUCAGCUUCCACUCUCCAACUGUCGCAGAUAUCCUACCUGCUAUGAAUGCAUCUUUGCCAGAGACCCACACUGUGCCUGGAACAGCGAAGAGUGUGUGGACGUUGUCGCACAGGCGAACAGAUCCGCUCUCAUACAAGACAUCCAGCACGGCAACAGGGGAUGUGAGAAGGCACACUACGAUGUUGCUCAGAAAAGCCGCUCCGUGCGUGUGGGUGAUGACGUCCUGCUGCAGUGUGAGCUCAUCUCCAACCUGGCAACACCUCUCUGGACUCUGAAUGGCAAGGAGCUGCAAGGCUAUGACCUUAACUCUGGUUUCAGGUCAGGUACGGAUGGCCUGCUGGUCAUUGAGGCCCAAGUGGGCCAGAGCGGUCUGUACACCUGUCAUGCUGUUGAAAACAAAAUCCGAGUUGCCAUAGUUACCUACAAUGUAACUAUUGUUGCUGACCUGCCUCCUGCACCACCUGUUGAUCCAGCUUCAACGCUCGUUGUCACUCAGUCGAGAGCAUCCGAGGAUACCUCUUUUGAAAGAACAUCACUGGAACCCCCAAGUCUGCUUCUCACACCUUCAAAGUACUUGUCUCCCAAAAACAUGGAGGCCUUGUAUCUGUCUCUUAUCACAGUCCUUUCUGGCAUUGUUGUGGUCCUCGCUGUGGUUCUCGUCUACAUGGGCUUUUGCUUGCAAGUUGGCAGCAGUGGGAAGUACUCGCUGCGUGCUGCAGCUGCUGCAUAUCCAAGAAACAACAAGAACAAGAAAAGCAAAACGCAGCACAGACACUCCUCCCACUUGGAGUUAAAGACCAUCUCCAGUCACUGCAAGGGCAACGGCAUUUGUAAUGGAAUGUCAAAGCUGCAUAAUGGCAGCAUGCAAGAUUUGGGUUUUCUACAAAUAGUCCCUGGUGAGGGUCACACUUCGCCCAGUAGAGAGACUCCUCCCCCAGCCCCACCUCUACCUUCUACCCCCCAGCAUCCCUCUCCAGAGGGCAACCACCCCAACGGGUUUGCAGCCACGCUGCCGAGUGUUUUAAGGAGAAUGAAUGGAAACAGCUACAUUUUGCUAAGGCAGAGUGAUUCUGAAAGCAUAUCUCCAUUCCCUUUUGCUGAUGAGCUCAGUAAGAUCUUGGAGAAGAGAAAACACACUCAACUGCUACCCAUACCAGACGAGAGCUCUGUAUGAAGACAUGAUGGUGUCCUCUAGGACAUUUUUUUUUACCUGGUGCCUGUCGUGUGACUCACUUUAGGGCUAAAGCGACGACAAAGUCUUAUCUACAAAGGCUUUGGUGCGAAUUUAGAUUUUAUGUGACUUGAACAUCAGCCUGUCAGUCUGGAUUUUUUUUUGUAGCAUCUAAGAAAAAAAAAAAGAAUACCAAGGAAAGACUAAGCCGGAAACAAAAAAAUAAAAACUGCGAUCUACCUCACCUCAAUGCUGCCCAGAGCAACCUGUGCAGUCAGACUGGUGUAAUCUGAGUGGAGAUUUACGCAUAACAAACUAACAAGGUAUGCAGCCGCUUGGGGACACUAAUAAAUGUGAAGAAUCAACAUGGACGAGACGGCAGCUAGCCAAAGUUUGUUAGCACUAAAAGUGUGCAAAUUGCCUUUGUGUUUUUGAGAAAGGACUCUCGUUAAGAGUGUUGAAAUAAGUGGAUUUGCAUGGGAAUGGGGUUUUGACUUUGAACCAAGACACAAGUGAUGUUUUUAUUUUGAAAGGGCAGUCACAUGACCCAGAAUGGUGUUUUAUAGGACCACGUUACUGUUGUCACCUGCUUCUCUUUGGAUGGACUUUAAGGAGCUGACGAAUGGAGUAUGUGCAUGAACUUGGUUAUGUGGGACGAGGACAAACAAGUUACCAGGGAGAAAAUGUAAUCAUGAACACAAACUGAUAUGUUGCACCUUAAAUAAAUUGUGAUUUAUAUGAUCACAAAACAGGAACUCACAAUGGCAAUUAACAUGCCUAACAACCCCCAUCAGUAACCACUGGUGAACUAAUCAUCAUUUAAUUCAUUUUAAUUAAUUUUUAAAUUUGAUGACUGAAUUUUUGUUGAACAGUUUAAAUAUUGCCUUGAAUUAGUUUUUGUAAUGUUGGAACUUUUAAACAAUUUGUUGGUUGUGAUCAUUGCAAAAAGUAUUUAUGCAAACUACAGUUAAUUCUCAAACCAUCAUAGAGUUUUGAUUUAAUGCUUAAAAUAUUUCUUGCUUUUUUUGUGAUUUAAAAUCCGUGUUGCAACAUGAUCAACAUAAAUCAGCAAUAUGGCAUUUAUGUAAUAAUGAUUAAAUAAAAAACAAUAAAUCAGUCAGAAAUAUACAGUAAAUUAUUAAAUAAUGAUUAUUUCUGCAGGCACUGAUGGGAUGUGUAACAGUAUUAUUGUUUUAUUGCACGUUUAUAUAACUCGUCCAAAGUGCUUUGUAAAAGUUAAUAGACAUUUUCGCCUGAGAUUGUUUUUACCUUCCAUCCUGGUAACACUGUAAAACCUUGGCUGUGUCUGUUGUUUGACACAAAAGAUGAAAAGAAAAUUACUGAUUGUGUCUGAGCUGAGCCUGAUUCCAUCACUGAAGGACAGCUGCCACAGAACAACUGGACAGAGCGACUGCGAAGCGUGCCAGCUGAAUCAUUCUUCUGUUUUUACAACGCACCUCCCACGCAAGGACUUUGGCAAACAACAACUUGAAGAUAUAGAUCAUGCUUUUAAGGAAUCCAUGAUGACUUCACUUACUGAUAUCUGCCUUUAAAUUCCGAGGAAAUGCAUGUCAACAAGCUGUCAGCAGAUGUUUCUAAUGUGGAAAAAAAACAAUUCUUUAGGAAAAACUGUGUAAAAUCCACACUGAUUGGGACAAUUUUACAAAAUAAAAGCUUCUUAUUUAUGUUUGAUAAUUUGUCACAGAAAAGUAAUUGAAUUGUUCUGCAUGUAUUUUUUUUAAACAGUUUUUGUAAA